AUGCCCACUCCACCACUAUCCCCUGCCAGAGAACCAACUCCACCGCCGCCUCCACAACCACCAAGGGCUUUGCAAGAACAAGCCCUCAAUGCCAUCACCGAUGAGUGGGAGCCGAGAGAUGAAGUAUUUGUCGGAGGCAUCAGCGUCAAUUGCAGCACAGAAGCUAUCAGGGCCAUCUGGAAGUUACCAAGAAUCAGCACUGAUUAUAGGGAAACCCUUGCUGCCCUGCAUCCAAAUCAACCACUGGAACACGCCGUCCUGUCUAGAUUGGCAAAAGAAGGCACAGGCUGGGAGAUGGAUGAUCAAGAAAACCCUCUGGGAUUUCCAGGAAACGCGUUACAGACGUCUGAUUUAAAUUUGUGGCACCAUUUCAUCUGCUGCAAUCUGAUGCCAACAUCCUACACCGCUAAGGUCACCUAUGAGAUGGCUCUGCUGCUGUAUGCCAUUGUCACGGACACACCAUUUGAUGCAGCCUCAGUCAUCCGAGAUCAGCUCACCCGAUGCAUCACUGAUCCAAAGGUGAAGAGCUGGUAUUUUCUAGUUAUGAUCACCAUGCUUUGCAAGAGGGCAGGGGUGACCUUCCUACACACAGACGUAGAGAGCAACUUGCAGCAACCAUUGAGGAUGCAUAAAUUGGACCAAAAACCCCCAGGUGCCUCAUCCUCAGGACAAGCAACAUCCACUCCCACUCCAGCUGGACAAUUGAGGCAGAGGGAUUUCAACAAGCAGACCAGGUUCAUCCUGGAUUAUGUCCAACAAUGCCAGAUGAGGACAGAGAAAUUCCUGCAGGAAAUGCACAAGUGCAUUGGAUGCCCUGAAAACUGCCCAAUGCCGCAUGAUCCACCAGUCCACCCACUCCAUGGCAUGCCUCAAUGA